AUGAACCCACCCGCCCAAACCGAAAACCUUCCUAUCCAACUAUCUUCCGAACAAAUCAUGACUUUACAAGACAUGCCGCAGGAUAAAGAGUCUCUAAAUGUGAUCGAGCUCUUGAAAGCUCAUGUCAAAACCUUGGAAGAGCAAUGUCACAAGGCUCAAGAGGAGAGGUUGAAGGCUUGGGAAGAAUGUGACAAGGCUCGCAAAGAGCGCAACGAAUCAUCCAAACAUGCUGUCGAAACCAUCGAAAAAGUAAAUAGGGACGCAGCAGAGCUUCGAAAGGAGAAACAGGAGCUAAAAGCUGAACUUUCAAAGGUGCAGGGCUGGCGCAAUCUCUUUGAACAGCCAGCCACGAAGAACAGCGGUACCGCAAAGGAGAAGAACGACCGGAAGCCAAAGAUACGGAGGAAAGGGAGAGCUGAUAGAUACGGUCCGAAUCGCAUAGAGAGAUCAGUGUAUCCAGAACUCACAUUCACACCCUCUCCACCUCCUCCUGACCCCGGACCUGCAUGCUCCUUUGCAACCCCACCUUCCGAUCCAUCUCAGAAUCUCAACUUGAACAUUGCCAAGUUGGAACACACCCACGAUGGAGAGCUUCAAAGUGGCAACAAAACGGAGGCUGGCAGAGAACCUAGACCCAAGAAGCGCGUACGUUUUGAGCUAGAUACCUGCCCAGAGGAACCAACAGCAGAGGGAAUUCCGUCAAGCCGGGACAAUGCGCCUUAUCCUGACCCCGAAUGGGUCGUCUCACCUUUGGAUCCAACUUACUUACCGGUGGUGCUAACACCACUAGAAACCUCGUCAGACCAGGACUAUGCGCCUACUACUCGUGGCCUCAGACCUUCAAGAACAUUGGCAAGUGCACUACCUUACUAUCGAGCCUUUCCACCUCACAGUCCAUCUGACUACCCGCUGGAGCCAUCACCACAUUAUAUCCCGUUGCGCCCGGACAAUGUGCCUACUCCUAACCCUGAAGUUGCACGCCGCCUUUCAAGGGUAGUACAUAUUAGGUACCGCAUACCUGAGGCCAGAUGA